AUGCCAUCCGCCACGAGGGCAUUUCGGCCAAACAGGUACAAUUUUACAGAUAGUUGUAUUAUCAGCUUCGGGCGGCUCAGGCGGCGAAGGAAAACCUCGGAGUCAAUAUCCAAACCCUUGCCAAUGCCAUCUGCGAUCCCAGAAAAGAGGACGAACCGGUUUUUCAGGUGGUCCAAAAAGCGAAAAAAACAUUUUUCUCUUCCUCCAAGCUUUGCGCGUUGCUUUCGAUGCGGCCGCACCAGGCGCCACAGCACAACAUGCUAUGUGCAGAUGAAAAAGACGCCGUUUAAGCCAAAAAACGAUUUUCGGCCACGGAAGCGGUGA